GUCAAGGUAAUAGUACAUUCAAGCUUAAAUUAAGGUAUGGUGGCAGAAUAGAUCUAAGUAACCCACCUAAGUAUGUGGGAGGUAGUGUGAAGUGGUUUUCUGACAUGGACUAUGAUGAGUGGGGGAUAAUGACUUUAUGGGAAAAAGUUGAACAAUUGGGAUAUAAGAAAGAUGAAUGUAGGUGUUUUGGUCAGAGUGACAAUGGAUUGACUGAGUUAGUAUUAGAUUUGGAGGCUUGGAACUUGGUCAAUUCUAUUGUGAGACCUAAGGUACUAGAGAUUUGGGUUAUUGUUAGGGUGGAUGGAGAAGAUGAGAGUGCAGAAAAUGAGAGUGCUGGUGGAGAAGAUGAAUGUGCUGCUGGAGAAGAUGAGAGUGCUGGUGGAGAAGAUGAUAGUGCUGCUGGAGAAGAUGAGAGUGCAGAUGAAGAAAAUGACAGUGUAGAAGAUGAGUUAGAGAAUUUUGAAGGAAGUGAUUGUGAAAUAGAGCAAGUUGAUGAUCAGGAGUUCUUGAAAUAUACAGAUCCAGAAGUUGAGUAUACAGGUGCUGCAAAUGUUGAAGAGAGUCCACAUUUAAGUAUAGAACAGAGGCCUACAAACAAUGAGUUGAAUUUCUGUGAUGAUGGAGGGAUUGUGAGUAAUUUGGGUGAAUCUGUUAGGCCUAAUCCUCCCCCUGAGUUGCCAUCUCCUCUGUGGCUUGGUAGAACUUUUUUAUCUAAAGAGGAUUUCAAAGAAGAAGUGAAGACAUAUGCUAUACAGUUUGGAAAGGAGCUGAAGUUUAAGAAGAAUGAUAAGGUAAGGUGUAUAGCUAUAUGUACCCAAUCUGAUUGUAAAUGGCAAGUAACUUGUAGAAAAGAUGUUGAUGAAGACUUUUGGAGGGUGACAGUUUUGAAUGAUGUGCAGGCUAAUUGUCCAUGGGUUAGUGACAACAAGUUCAUUACUUCGUCAUUAGUUGCAAAGAGAUGGAAAAAACAAAUUGGUGGAAAUAGUAAUUGGAAGAUGAGUGAAUUUAGAGAGACAGUGUGUACUGAUGAACAUCAUUCCCUAAGUAUAAGGCAAGCCUACAAGGCAUUGGAUUUUGCUAGGCGUGAUAUAAAGGGUGAUCUUGAAGACAAUUUCAAUAAAAUUUGGAGUUAUUGUUUAGAAAUAGAAAAAACUAAUCCAAAGACCACUUUCAAGGUAGAGGAAUCUGAUUUACAAUAUGAGGGAGGUAAGAAGAGAUUCCUUAGAAUGUAUAUGUGUUGGGAUGCUUGUAAAGAUGGUUUCAAGUACUGUAGGCCACUUAUUGGGGUAGAUGGUUGUCAUAUUAAGGAUAAAGCUGGGGGGAUGAUGCUUACUGCCGUUGGUAUUGAUGGGAAUGAGGGUUUAUUCCCUAUUGCCUAUGCCAUAGUUGAAGGGGAGAAUAAAGAUUCUUGGUACUGGUUUUUGAAACUAUUGUGCACUGACCUUGAGAUUGACAAUGUGUCUCAACGGCAAUACACCUUUAUGUCCGACAAGCAAAAGGGGCUUAUCCCUGCAUUUGAGGAGGUGAUACCUAUGGUUAGUCAUAGGUUUUGCGUUAGGCAUUUGCAUAGUAAUAUGAAGGUGGCUGGGUUUGGAGGUGUUCCCAUUAGAGAUGCCCUAUGGAAGGCAGCUAGGGCCACAACUGUGAGUACUUUUUCAAAAGCUAUGAGGGAGUUAAAGGCAUUAGAUGUUCAAGCUUUUCAAUGGUUGAUGCAGAAGCAUCCUGCAGAGUGGUCUAGAUCCCAUUUCUCUACAAAUGCUAAUAGUGAUAUGCUCCUUUGUUCACUACUAAGGUUGGCAGACCAAGAAAACUGAGGAAGAAAUCUGCAGGGGAAAUAACCAAAGAUGGAAUUCAUAUAUCAAGAAGGACUGUGACACUUCACUGCUCAACUUGCAAGCUUAUAGGUCAUAACACUAGGAAAUGUCCUCAGAGAAGAAAUAGGCCACCAGCACCUCCAGUGGAUGUGGCAGCAGUAGCAGUAGAUGAUGCUCCUCCAGUGGAUGUGCCACCAGCAGCAGAAGAAGAUGCUCCUCUUGUGGAUGUGGCAGCAGCAACAACAGAUGGUGAUUUUGCAAUGAAUUUCCAGCAGAUGCUAUUUCACGAACAAAUCCAUUUUGCAGAUUUAGAAUCACUUCCAACAGAACAUACACAAGGAAUACAAAGUGAGGAAAUGACAAUUGCUUCCCAUGGAGUGAACAUAAGUUUUGGUCAACCUCCAAAACGAAGAAAAAUCAUAGCUCAUUCUACCAAAGGCAAACAAGUUGUGCAAUCUGCUCCUCCAUCCAAUUAAGGACUGCUCAGAAAAAAACCCAAUUGAUUUAGAUAAGGGUGUCUAUUAACUGUAGUUGGAUGUUAAGUGUAGUUGGAAGCUUAUUUUGCCAAGUCUAUGUCUGUUAAGUGUAGUUGGAAGCUUAUUUUGCCAAGUCUUUUGGAAACAAUUAUGAUGUAUGGAUAACAGAUUUAUGCUAUC